AUGUCUACAAUUGAGAGUUAUCAUGGCAUGAUAGUUUCAAAGUAUUUCGAUACGAUAAAAGACUAUAUUAAUCUUGAGUUUGUCUGCAAGAAAUUCACAAAUAAUAUGAAGAAGUUUCACUUCAACCCAAUUCCAUUAAAUUGUAAAACAAUUGAAUACUUUCCAUGCGUCGAGACACUUCAUUUGUGGCAGAAAGAAGACGAAAAUUUUGACAACGGUUUUAUUGUCAACACAAAAUUUAAUGAAGAUCACAAAGGGAAUGAAAUAUAUCAAGAUAUUAACACAAAUAAAACAAACUAUUUUAAAAAGGCGUUUUAUCGAAUUGUCGUGUGGUUCGGUGUCGAUUUUGAAACUGUUGACAAAAACAAAGGUCGAAACAUCGAGUUUAAAAACGUGACCUUCACUGAAAACAAUAAACGUAAAUGUGGUGAUAACAUACCAUUUGGCGUUACAUCAAUUUGUAAAAAAUGUUUCUAUGAAUGUUACAGUCUGAACAGUGUUACAAUACCAUCAAGUGUGACAACAAUUGGUAAUGAAUGUUUCUAUAGUUGCAGUGGUUUGAGCAGUGUGUCAAUACCAAAUUGUGUCAUAUCAAUUGGUGAAAGGUGCUUCGGUGAAUGUGAUAGUCUUAGCAGUGUAUCAAUACCAUCCAGUGUGACAUCAUUUGGUAAAUGUUGUUUUUGUGGAUGCAGCAAUUUAAAAAGCAUAACAUUAUCAUUUCAUGUGACGUCACUUGGUGAAGGUUGUUUCAGGAGAUGUGGCAAUUUGAGUAGUUUGGCAAUUCCAUUGAGUGUGAUAUCAUUUGGUGAGGAAUGUUUUAAUCAAUGCAGCAGUCUAAGCAGUAUAUCAAUUCCAUCGAGUGUUGUAUCAAUUGGUGAAAGGUGUUUCUACGAAUGUGACAGUCUGAACAGUGUAUCAAUACCAUCAAGCGUGACAUUAAUUGGUUCUCGUUGUUUUGGUAGCUGUGACCAUCUGAGCAGUGUGUCAAUACCGUUGGGUAUGACAUUGAUUGACGAAAUGUGUUUCAGUAAAUGUUACAGUCUAAGCAGUGUAUCAAUACCACCAAGUGUGGUGUCUAUAAGUCACAGUUGUUUCGCCGAAUGUUACCGUCUGAACAAUGUUUCGAUACCGUCCAGUGUAACGUCGAUUGGUAAAGGUUGUUUCUACGAAUGCAAGAGUUUAAGUAUCGUGUCAAUUCCGUUUGGUGUGACAAUAAUUGAUGAUGGUUGUUUUGAUAAUUGCAGCAAAUUGAGCAGAGUGAUAAUUCCAUCGAGUGUUAAAUCGCUUGGAGAUUAUUGUUUUUGUAAAUGUGACAGUUUGAGCAGUGUUACAAUACCACCAAGUGUAACAUCAAUUGGUAAAAAAUGUUUCUAUGAAUGCAAGAAUUUAAGUUCCGUGUCAAUUCCGUUUGGUGUGACAAUAAUUGAUAAUGGGUGUUUCGGUUUUUGCAGCAGUUUGAGUAACAUAACAAUACCAUCGAGCGUGAUAUUAUUUGGUGAUGAAUGUUUCAGUUGGUGUCGUAAAUUAAGUGGUGUUACAAUACCAACUAGUGUUAUAUCAUUCGGGCAAAUGUGUUUUUAUCAAUGUGAUAGUCUUAGCAGUGUAUCAAUACCAUCAAGCGUAACAUCAAUUGGUAAAAAUUGUUUCAGUUGGUGUAGUAAGUUAAGUAGUGUAACAAUACCAUCAAAUAUGACAUCAUUCAGUAAUUGCUGUUUUCCAUCAAACACAAUCGUUAAUCAUGAGUAA